AUGAUAAAUACGCGUUUUGACAAGUGAUAAUUGACAUUCUCUGUCAUUUGAUAUUGUGGCGUUACUCGUUGUCACAUUUGCAAAACAAGAUGGAAGCUAUAGCGUUAUUAAAUAAAAUGUUAAAUUGAUUCAGAAAUAAAGAUUAGUUUUUAACUUUAAAGUAGUUUUUAGUAUAUUGUGUAAUGCUAAAAUAUGUGGAAUAGGAAGUGGAGUGUACAUGAAGCCUAAUACACGGUUAUCAAGAUCGAUAAACAAACAAGUGUAAUUGAUUAAAUAUUAAAUACCUCGCCUAGAGAAGCGCGAGAACGUGCUUCUGAUAUUGUUUUUAUUUUCUUAUAGAUUAACCUAAAAUGGCAAAUACUGUAGUAAAAGUUUCUGAUAUCAAGGAUGAGGAAUUGGAUGAUAGUUUACUUUUACUUGUUGGUGAGGAUGGUACUGUAACACCGGAUCAAGAUACUGUUGAAACAUAUCUAAAACAAAGGAAUGGUCCAACGAAUUUACAAAUUUUGAAAUUCAAUAGAUCUGAAAUGCAAGGUAUCGACAUUACAGUGGAUACUGUUACUUAUGUACCGGAUGUUGUUAAUGAAGAGAUAGUAAAAACUGACCUGGAAGAAGUUGAAAAUCGUCUUCACAGUAUUAGAUUGGAUCAUGACUAUUAUAUUAAGUCAACUGAUGUGACAAAUUCGUCAAUCCUACUUAAGGAAGAUGACGAGCUAGCUAGGACGCUUAGUAUACUUGAUGGUCCAGAACAAGCACAUAUAUCGGCAUUGAAUGUCACUGAACCACCUCCUUUAGUAAUGACGACAUCAAAAACUAAACCAAAGGUUAAUUUGAUACAAUCUAUAACAAUUAAUCCUUCGAGUACUGGUAAUAAAGCAAAUUCAUCUGGUCCUCCUGUACUAACACCUGAAGUUCCGCUUCCUACGUUAACUAAAAUUGAUAACAAAUCUUCAGCGUUAAGGGAAAGACAAGAGAAAUCAAGUAAUUCCAAUAAAGAGAAGAACGAUGAGGAAACAAUGGAAGCUGAACCACCUCCCAGACUCUCCCCCAACUUAACUCCUAGAGCCAAAAUGAAAACGGUUAAAACAAUCAAAACAUUAAAACCUAAAAUUACGAAACCUAAAGAAGUAGUUCAACAGGAGAGUACAGAUGAAGAUGGUGAUGACUAUUUAGAUGUCGAAUUAGAUACAUUAUUGGAAGAAAAUAGUGAUGAUUCUGACUUUGAUAUCGAGCAUGAGAAAAAAAUAAAAGCAGCUGCAAAAAGAAUUAAUAAGAGAUUCAAACAACUCGAUUCAAAGUCGACGCCGAUAAAAACACCAAGAAAAAGAAAUAAGAACAAAGAACAAAAAAAAAUAAGAGCAACAGAAUUGUUGGAAGAAAACUUGAAACAGAAAAAAGAAGAAGCUAAAGUAGAAACGAAAGAAAUAGACAAAUUAGUAGAAAAAGAGAAGCAAGAAACAGAGGUAAAACCUCCAGAAAAGAAACCUGCAAAAAAAGAAAAGAGAACACCGAAACCGAUACCUGAUGAUUUUGCUUUAUUUUCUACACCAGAUAUUAUUAGACGAGUAGGUGGUAAGGAUCCAGCUACUCCGACAACACCUGAUACUCCUAAUAAACCAGCGAAAAUUGGUUUUCAAGAAUCGCGAAAAUCUGUAGAAAAUCCGCAGUCUGUUGUUAAAAAUAGACUGAGUGUUGAUUCUAAUGAAAAAGAGAAGGAAAAGGACAAAGAUAAAAUAACAAAUAAGGUUAAAGAAGCAGACAAAAAUAAGGAUACUAAAGAAAGGCGAAUCAGUCAAGGAGAAGUAAAAGCAAAACGAUUAAGUGUCGACGAUAAGACAAAACCCAAAGAUAUCAAACCUGAAAGGAGGAUAUCAGAUGCGAAGAAGACCGAAAAAUCACUAAAGUCCUCAAAGCUCCUUGAUGCAUCUGCCGGUUACGGGGAAAUGGCAACAGUGGAAGAUAUUAGAGCUAUUAUUUUAAGUGAAGAUACUAAGACGUUUACGAUAGAUCCAAAUAUACAUAAUACUGUUAAUCAAAGCCUAGAUUCCAGUAACAUUAAUUUGGAUACUACUGGGUUAGAUUUGGAUCCAGCUCUAUUGGAAAAUUUGAACAAUGACGAAAUUUCUGAAGAUAUUCUUUAUCAAGUCGCUCAGUCAUUGGUAUCUAAUCCAGAGCUACAAAAUGCUAUAGAAAAAGGGAUCAAUGAGGGUGUUUUAGAUCCCAUGGCAGUUGAUAAUGUUAAUGUUAGGGAAGCUAAUGUUUCAGAACCAACUACAAACGAUAGAAUUAUACAAGGGGCAACACAAAUAGUAAGACCUGAUGGUAGAGUCAUCAUCAUACCACCAGUAGAGAGGCCUACGACCCGAAGCCGAAAUAAAAAACCUCCAGUUGAGGAGGUUAAACCUCCCAAACCGGUUCACAAACCUCUGGACGAAGAACACGUGUCCGGUAAUGAACUUGACAGUUCCAAUGAUGAAGAAGAAGAAUCUGAAGAUGACCCCAACAAACUAUGGUGUAUAUGUAACCAACCACAUAAUAAUCGUUUUAUGAUUUGUUGUGAUACUUGUGAAGAAUGGUAUCAUGGAAAAUGUGUCAAUAUUACAAAAGCUAUGGGACAACAAAUGGAAGCAGAAGGGAGAGAAUGGAUUUGCCUGUUUUGUAAGGAUCCCAAACUAAAAAGGCCACAGGCAGCAGCUAGAAGAAUCCGAAAAGCUUCCAGAAAUUCUAGGACGUCUACAGAGAGUACUGGUAGUUUUGCCAAAAAGGCAGAAGGAGCAGUGAGUGCUAUUCCUUGCGUGGUUUGUCAGAAACCUGCGAGGUCAAAUUCAAUUUAUUGUAGUGAAAGUUGCAUUUUGACGCACGCUCAAGGAAUCGAAAGGGUAGUGGUGUUCGAAAGAGCAACUGGUAAAAUGUUGACUGGAAACAAAGCUCCAAGUGCAGCGAACCUCGAUCAGUGGUUAAAAGAACAUCCUGGUUAUGAAGUUGUUAGAUCGGGAGGAAAAGUAGUCACAGCCAAACCUGGAAAUUUAUCACAAACCAAACUUAAAUUAGUGAAGAAUAGUAACAACCAAGGAGUCUCUUUAGCUGUGCAGAAAAAAGGUGGAAUUAAUGUGGGGGUUAUGAAACAUUCUCCAAAACAUCAACAACAGCAGUUGGAACAGCAGCAACUUCAACAUCAGCAAGUUAAAUCAGCACUUAAAGCUUCUCUAAUAGGAGCUAAACAAACUGCUAACAAAGUACAAGCAUCUCCUAAAGAAUCACCAAAAUUAAAAUCAUCCUCAGAUCAACUGAAAAGUCCUACAACUGUAACACCACAAAAACCGAAAUUGCUACAAACAAAAUUGAAGCAACCCCAAGGUAGUACUGAGAAAAAACUUAAAUCUACUCCUGUUAGUACUGUGGGAAUGAAGGAGAAGUUAGCAGCAAUUGUAGCAGACAAAUCUCCAACAACAAUAAAAGAAAAAUCAUCACCGACAAUGAAAGAAAAAAGUACUGUAGUGCCUAAAGAAAAACCUGUGGUGAACAAAGAUCGGACCCCUAGUGUAGGUACUAAAGAAAAAACUGCUGUAAAGACGCCCAAGCAAAGAAAGGAUAGUGUAAAAGAUAAAGAAGAAACGACGCCACAAAAACCAACAGAAAACAUUAGAGAGACAGUAAAAAACACAGUUUGCGAACAAUUAAUCAAUCGUUUGAAGGGAGUCGAUGAUUUAAAACUAACAGAUGAUGAAGUGAAGUCUAUGUCAACUGAAAUAGAAUCACAAUUAUACAAAUGUUUCGGUGAUACAGGUCAAAAAUAUAGAACUAAAUAUAGAAGUUUGAUUUUCAAUAUAAAAGAUGUAAAGAAUCAAACUUUGUGGAGGCGGAUUUGUGAAAAAAAUAUAAGUCCAUAUGAAUUGGUGAGAUUAUCGACAGAUGAUAUGGCAAAUCAGGAACUUGCGCAGUGGAGAGAAAAGGAGGCUAAACACCAACUGGAUAUGAUUAAAAAAUCCGAAUUGGAAUUAUUGAAUUGUAACCGGCAGUAUGUUUUGAAAACACACAAAGGUGAGCAAGUAGUAGAAGACGACAUCGGUAACAAGGUAGAUAACACAGAAAUGAUUAAAAGUCUAACAGAAGGUUCCGCUUUGGAUUCCGGUGAUUCCAAAGGGGAAAAUUCGAAGGAACGCGACAAAAAAGGGAGUUCCAAACACGGUCAUAGGGAUAGAGAGAGGAAAAUCGGUAGAGAUAAAGACUAUGGAGGACAUAGAAUAUCGAGUAGAGACCGAGAUAGAGAUAAAGAUAGGAGUAGAAAAAGGUCGAGAAGUAGAGAUAGAAAGCGCGGCGAUCGAAAGAAACGGUCCAGAUCAAAAGAUAGGGAUAGAAGUAGACAUAGAAAAUCAUCUCAUAAAUCAUCAAGGCAUAAGAGAGAUAUAAUUUCGUCAACUGAUAAAUUAGAUAAAAAAUCCAAAGAAAUUCUCGAACAGUUGGUGGAUAAUAAAAUUGUCCCGCCAUUAGAAGAUAGAUUAUGGAAACAUGUGCCCCAAGAAGAUAUAGUUCCAGGUAAGGCCAUGGAAAGUGAUAGUGAUCACGAACCUUCCUCAACAGUAACCAUCCCAACUCCUCCAAGAGUAUCUGAAAACGAAGAUGAAAAGAAUCAACCAAUAUCGCCUGAAAAGGAGAAAGAAAUCUAUUUUACUGUUAGAAGUACGUCGCCUCCACUUCCUUCAAAACCUACAGAGAUAUGGAGGGGUGUUAUUAAUAUGGUGGACGUUGCUCAAAUAUCUAUAACCGCCCAUGAAGUUUCAGGAGAUUGCAGUGGCUUAAAUAAUGAAUUGACUACCAAUCUCGAUAUAGUAGGUAGGAUAUCCCCAGAAACAGUAUGGGAUUAUAUAGGCAAGAUGAAAUGUUCUGUUAGUAAAAGCAUCUCCUUAAUCCGAUUAAAUGCUACAAAUAUUGAAGAAAAAAUGCCGUACCUGGCUUUGUAUAGCUAUCUUAGUAGCAGAGACAGAUUAGGAGUAGUGAAGAGUUUGAAUAAGGCGGUUAAAGAUUUUUACAUAUAUCCUCUCGCUCCACAAAAGCCUAUACCACAAGUUUUACUGCCCAUUAGCGGACCAGGUUUUGAAGAAUCAAGGCCUGCUCUUUUAUUAGGAAUUAUAGUUAGAGAUAAACGGAAACGUCCUUAUAUAGAUUCCAUACCUGUAACCAAUGUAUCUACUUCAAAGAAGUCAAGAAUAAGCACACCUCCUCUCCCGAUUGCUCCGCCCCCAACAGCUCCUCCACCGCCGCCACUGCCAACUCGAUCUUAUACACCACCUCCUGUCAAAGAUCCGAGAUUAAUAAAUAAAUCUUCUACUGUCGCAUCUCCGGCGAUACCUACUGUUCCAAUUACUGUCCCUCCACCGUCAUUGUCUAUUCCUAUAACAAUCCCUCCUCCUAUAAUUUCUAUGACAGUACCUCCACCUACGCUAGCACCAGCAGCUUCAGCUGUACCAGAAGGACCAACCACUACGCCUCCUCUGCUUACAGAUGAAGGAGAUGAACCAUAUAGUCCAGGAGAUUCUUCAGGCUCUGAUGUUGUUGCAUCCACUCCACCCCUAAAACUGUCUUCAGGUAGGGAACUGUCUCCUACUCAUUAUCCUGAAAUACCUGGGCUCACCAUGGGGUUCCCUUCAAGCUCACUAGAUGUUCAAAGACAAAUCGAAGAAUUGAAUUUAAAAAUUGAAAAACAGAAAUCUGAAAUUACCAGUAUGACGAAAAACAUUGUAUCUGCCGGCAUAACACAAAACAUUGUAUCGGCUAAUAUAUCGUCAAACAUAGCAGCAGCAUCUUCCGAAAUUGGCACUUCUGCAUUAGCCAACAUUGCAUUGCCGACAAAUCUUCAGCAAAUAUUGGAUAGCAUCAAAUCAAUAGGAGAUACAAGUGAAUCACCAAGUAUGCCUAAAGAUACCGCACAAACUGAUCUAACUAUUCCUUUGAUGAUCCCAAAAAGUUUUAGUCGACCUUUAAGUAACAGUAGCACGCCGAUACAUAAUCCUCUACAAAAAUCUAUGAUAAAUACACCCAGUGACACGAUACCUUUGAAACUCCCCAGCAAACCUCUUAUCAAACCAUCAUCAGUUAAUUCACCUUUGCUAGACGAUAAACCGAGCGUUUUGAGUUCCUUAAGUGAAGAAGAAUUAAUAAAGAAAGCUGCCGAGAUGCUAGGAGAAACCGAGGGUACUAAAAGAAGAGACACUUCGACACCACUAACCUCGUUAAACAAAAGACUUAAAUCAGAAGUUUGCUUACCACCUGUACCGGGUCUAGAAGAUGAAACAUAGGGGGUGUAAUACAGUAAAGAAAUAUAGAAUAUGGUUAACGACGUGAUGUUCAAUAUUUUCCAGGAACGAGUAAGUGAAAUAAUGUAAUGAUUCACGAGAAAAAGAAUUGAGAAAAGUGUAAAUAUGUGAAAAUAUCAAAUUUAAUCAAAAAGUUGGAUUAGGAAGAGGUGUAGGGUGUGAUAGUUUCUGAAAAAAGUAUAUAUUAAUUUAUUUUAUAGUUUUCGUUGAAUUUCCACUGAUAAAAUUAUUUAUUUUUAUUGAGAAAAUUUUUCUUUCUUUCUAUAUAAAAUAAUGAAAAAAAAAAUAACGACCAUACAUGAAGAUAAAUAAAUUUAUUUCAUAGGAAGAAGAUCAAGUUGAUAAAAAUUUACUCUAACCAUUAUUAGGUUUGACUAUGACAGGUGACUUUAUUAUUAUAGUUAAUUGCCCGCCAUAAAAUACUUCAUUCAGCCAAUUUUUAGUUUUUCUUGCCUUCUACUACCUCCUGGUCCCCACUACAACAAUUAAUAAAUUUAAUCUUUGUCUUUACUCUUGUCGUCAAUUUUACUUGGCAAUAGAAUUGUUAUCAUCACCAUCAUCACAGGUCUUGGUGGUGUAGAUAUUGUUUUUUAUCUACAAAUGAUAAAUCAUAUACUCUAGGUCCAUGUCGGCUGUAUUUUAUAGCUAAAGCUAAAUCAUUUCCAGGAAAAUAUUAGGUAUGUUGACCUGAUUUGACAGGCUAAUCAAAAUGUGUCGCAGCAGCUAGACGAAAGAAAGUCUGUGUAAAAUGUAUAACUCAACAGAUCUAUGCCAUUCUCUCUGCUCCAUAAAUCAUUAUGGAUUUAUAUAAUGUCGUUUUAUUUACAUAUGAUACAAUUAAUUUACCCUAGACCCGUUUCAGGUAAAUCCUGUGUCACUUGAAUGGUUUUGUCAUCAUUACAGGUCUUAUUUGUGUUGUAGAUAUUGGUUUUUUUAUCUACAAAAGAUAAAUGAUUUACUCUAGACCCAUGUCGACUAACUUGUAGCACUCAAAUUUAAGGUUUUAAGGAUGCCACAAUAAGUAAACACUCACUCACUUGCUUUCUUUAUCAGCCUCUAUAUCACAUAUAUUAGUACAUAUAUCACAGAAAUAUAGAUAUUAAUUAUUUUUAUGUUACAUUUAACUUCUAUAUUAUGUAUAAUAAUUUUUACAGAUCCUUUAUUGAUUUAAUUACUCAGUUUUUAUCAAAUUAUUCAUUUCAGUUGCAUCUAUUUUAGUAUCACUCUUUUUUUUAUCAAAAUGUCAUGAUAUUCCCCAACUCUAUAGGGUUUCCUAGAAUUCCUUACAUUCAUUCUUAUCUUGAUUCGUUUUUCCCUAAGGGGUAUUCUGGACUAGAAACCUAUAUUUUAAGCAUUUUUGAAACUAACAUAGAAAAAAUGAAAAACAUUUUCACUAUCCAUUUUUAUAUGAUAUUCACUGACUUUUUAAGAAUAUAAAAGAAUUGUAAAAAAAACAUAAUUUCAAUAAAUUACAGGUAAAGUGGGGGCUACAAAAAAAAUGGUGCGCCCUGGUUGACAUGAUUCCAGCUCUUGUCUGGAACAAAAACAUUUGGAAAAUUCUUUUGACUUUAACAAAAAAAAUUCACAAAAUGGCAUCGACAUGAAAUGUUGAAAUUUUCCAAAAUCCAAGGUUGGCGCGAUAGAGAGAUAUAUAAAAAAGAUUUCCAUCAAAUUUUAAAGGGAUCGGUUGUAUAGAACUUAAGAUAUCAUGUCAAACACUUCAAUAAAAGUAGUUUCGAGAAAAACGCGUCCAAAUUUGAGAAACUUUUGAAAUUCCAGUAGAAUAACUCGUUCCACUCGGCCGGCUUAGACGCUACGUCACAAAAUCUACUGUAUUUCCGGAAAUAAUGCGAUUUUUUAAAAAUCCAUUUAAGGACAUAUUCUUAAGGGUCUAAGCUGUGAAAAUAUGCAGAAAAAUCGAUUUUCUAGACCAAAAUACCCCCUUAACACUCAGUUAUUGACGUAGGUUUUUUUAAUCAUUUACCAUAUCGAUUUACUGCUGUUUUUCUUAUAUUUAAUAGUUCCUUAUCAAAUCUUUUAUGUAGUUCGUCGAUUUAGAAUUAUUUUAUUUAUCUGCUUCAUAUUAACCGUCCUAUGGUUUUCUUCUAAUGUUUUAAUCUUUAAUUUAGAAUUUUUUACUCCCACUUUACUUAUAUAUUUAAUAUUUUCCUUUUUUAAAAUUACUAAUGUACAUUGUACACUUAUUGUUCACUUAUUUUAAAUAUUUUCAUUGUUUUGCAUUUUCUGUACCGUUGUUUGCAAAUUUGAUUUUUUUAUAUAUGAUUGACAAUUAAUCAUCAAAUGAAAAUUGUUAGAGUAGAUCUGCAAUAUCUUCUACACUGCCCGGCAAAAUUAAUGAAUAUUUUAGGAAGCAAAGAAUUACCCUUUGAUUAAAAGGACCGAUAGGUUUAUUUUGAAUGCAUUUUUGUAAUUUGAAACAUGUUAAAAGCAUUUUUUUAAUAAAAAAGGACAAUUUAACAAAAUUUUAUAUAUUAUAUUAAUACUCAUUUUAAUAGUUUGUUUUGCCCACCAUUGGUUUGAAUCUUCAAUGAAUAUUUCUAAUUGCAUCUGAACCUAUAUUUCUUCAAACCUUAACGAGAAUUCACUCAAAUGUCCAAUUGAAAGCAGCAAGGCUCUAUUCUUACAAACAAUUUUGUCUCAUUAGUAUUCAACGAGGUUUAGAUCAGGACUUUUACGGUCCAAGCUAGAGUUGUAAUUUCCACUUCCUUGAGGUAAUUUUGUAUUACUAUAGCCGCGUUUCGGGCAUGUAUUAUCAAGAAUUGAUAACCUGUACAUUUGUUGCCACUUGUGGUGCUAAAGUCUGUUAUGUAUCGCUCCGCUAAACCAACUAAGUACUCUGUAGCUAACAAUGUUGUAUACAGAGUAUCGUUCACCGUAACUUCGAUAGGAUCUUGCAGUAGUAGCAACUAAAAUGACAAAAUCGUUUGUCAUCACCAAAUAAAAUAUUUGCUCUUCUUAUUGUUGAUGGUUGCGCACAAACUGAAGAUUAUGCCUUUGGUGGUCUUGGGUUAUAAGUUACAACUCAAUAGGAAUACUUCUUGCACUAUACCUGGACUGAUUGAAGGAAAAAUUCUUGCUGCAGUGUUUUAGAAAAUCUUGAUUUUUUCGUUAUCGUUUCUGUCUUACCUCUUAAAAUCGUAUCGUUCUGCUGGAAUACAGUAGAUUGUAUUAAUUCAAGUAUUAGUGUCACUUGAACUUCUUGGAUAAGUGCAAUGGCAGUACCAUAUUCCUCGAGACAGAAAAAUGUCUAUUGAUAAUGUUGUUUUGGAUCAUUUUUACUUGAAAGAAUAUUGUCAAAAAUGCUUCUUUUUACUACUCCAUUGUUGUUUUCAAUUUGAAAAGUAGGUGUUAAUUUUGCAGCACAGUGUAUUUAUAUUCUGAAAAUUAAUUUAACUUUAUAAAAAAUCGUAUGUUUUAAUUUUCCUUACCCAUAUAUACAUUGAAUUUGUAACUGGGAUUAAUUGUUUUUCAGUUUUUUUUCUAUUAUAUUUCAUAAUAAUUGUUUUUAUAAUUCUAGAUAUAAAAAAAUGUUCAAAAUAUCUGUCAUAUUCAUUAAAAAUAUUGAUAAUUUUGAGAUGAGUAUUUUUAAGUGAAGAAUAAACAAUUAUAAGUAGAGGAAGUUGUUUAUUAAAAUUUUUUCUCACUUACAUGAUAAUUACUGUUUACAUUGUACAAACUUGCAAAUUCAGUCGUGCUAAGAUCUACGUCAGCUGGAAAAUAUUUUUGUUGAUAAUUCAAAAAAAUGGUAGAAUUAAAUUAGUAGAAAAUAUUUUUUUACGUUUAUUUGAAAUACUUAACAAUUUGUAGUUGAAUUGUUUUAAUAUCUUAUAUCAACCUAACCUAACCUCACUCUAUUUUGGACAUUAAAUUUUUAAACACGUUCACUGCCGAACAUAAGAUGUUAGAUAUAUAAUAGAGAAAAUAGUUUAGAAAUUGAUAAUUCCUCAGAUUUAUCAGCUCAUUGACAAUUUUGGAUCAUGAACGUCUUCUUUAAGAAAUUUUAAUUUUUCUUUAUCAUUAAAUUUUAACUUUACGUUUUGAAUUGAUAUUCAAAAGUGUCGUUUAUUAUCUUCAUGAUCUAACAAGUCAGUUUUACAUCUAUAGUUGGAAUAUUCGUCUCUAGAAUAUUGAAUUACAUUCCAGACUUCAGUUUUAAUACACAAGGUGUCCAAAAAGUUUGGAGGUUAAAUAAAAUGGAAAGCCAUUUAAUAUGACCUCUUCGAGAAAUCACUUUGUUAGGAAUAAUUUGUUUACCGUUCUAAUUACCUGUAAUCUCGCAGAGUCUUAGAAUGAUUUUUGAAAAAGAAAUAGGUUUUUGAUUUUUCUUUCAAAUAUUUGCUUUUUUAAAGGAUAAUAAUCAAAUCUGUCUUGUAGAAUUAUAACUCUGAAUACCUAAUUUUUCAUUUUUAACUAUUUAUUUUUUUGUAUGAAAUUAUUAGUAUCACUUAAAUUAUCCUCCAUAUUGAAAGAGACAAUUAUUUCACGAUAUUUUAUAAAAUAAAUUGUUUGAAAUUAGUUAUGUUCAAUUAUUUUUCAGUAUAUGGGGUGUUUCAUGAAAAAUUGUUAACUUGAAUAGUUUUCAAAUUUGAUGGAUUUCAUUCCAGUAAAGAUUCCAUUAUUUAUUAAGCUGCUUUCCUCAAAUAAUAUAUUUGGGUCCACCAAAUCUUAUCCGUAAUAUUGAACUAAGCUUUUUCAAAAUUUUUGUUUGUUUCGUUUCUUCCACAAUAGAACUCAUUAGAAUAUGAACUCCAUUUCUCCUAAGAUUUAUUAUUGUUGUGGGUCUAGUAUAGUAUGAGUUGAAUAAAAAUAUGAUAAAAUGAUGGAAGUCUAAAAAUGAAACAACUUGGUUCCAAUGAUAAUAACAUAUUACUCCUAUACCCUGCUGUUGUGUCCUUAUUAGAAUACUAUUGUUUGAAUGAUGCAAUAAGAAUUGAUAUAAGUUAGUAACUUUUCAAGAUUGUUGUAGUUGUUUGGAAUGUUAGACCUCUUCUGUAAUUUCUAAUUAAGCCAUUUCAUUAGACUUUUUAUAGCCUUCUUAAUAGCUCAUAAGCAUUUGACUUGUAUGUAUAAUUGUGGAUAUUAUGAUGUGGUUCAUGGUGUCCUCAAUUGUUGCUGGGUAAAAUUUAUGGAAGCAACGGAAAACUUUGACACUUUGGUGUCACUGUAAAGUAUUGCACCUACUUUCUGGUAUGGUAUCCAUAUGUGAAUACCGCUUUAGUUGUAAAAUUGAUUUAAUGGUAUUAAAAAAUCCACGAAGUAAUAACUUUUCACUUAAAAUAUUGUUUCAAGAUUGUUUGAGAAAUUUUGACCGACAAAAUAUUUUCUGAUUGUGCUUUUUUGUUUACUCCUAUGUUAAUAUGACUUUUUUACUUGGUCUAUUAUUUAUAAUAGUUCUAUAUCUGUCAUUAUGUGGUGGUUAAUAAUGUUGAAUAAUUUGUAUUUUUGCUUCCACUGGCAGUAUACUGCUUUUUUUCCUGGUGUAUUAUCCCUAUACUCUUUUGAAUGCGUCUGACGAAAUUUUGUAAUUUAAGUUUUAUAAACUUGAAAAUCAGAAUAAUAUAAUUGAGUCUUGCUGUUUUAUGUCUAAUUCAAGAAGUUUGUAAGAGUGGUUUGAAUGAAUUUUUCCUUUAAAUAAUUACACAAAACAUUUUGUAACUAUAUAGGCCAAGAAAAUGAGUUUCUGAAUUUUUUAUAUAAGUUACUAACAUCUGUUGAAUUUUUGUCAUAUCAAAGCAUGUUUGGCAAGAUAAAUUUAUAAUGUAGAUUUUGGGAACGAAUGAAAAGGUUCUUUGUUGAUGCGACUUUGCGCACGUCUUUAUUAAGUUCCAUUGCUCCAGAAACUGGUAAAAGUAAUGAAACUUUUUGUUCCAUGAAGCUCAGUGAUUAUAAAUGCGAGUAAUAGUAAAAAAUUUCCAGCUUAAGAUAAAAAAUGACAUUUUAAAUUAUUUUAACUUUGUUAUAACCCCUAACUCUAUAUAUGAAUAAAACUAUAAAGGAUCAUUUUUAUGUAAAAUUAAAAGAUCUACAACUUUGAUUUGAAGUUUUUUCUACUCAUACUUAGAAAGAAUUCUAAUAAUUUUUCCCACCACUUUCCGGGGGAUUAUUCCAUAAAAUUCUUGAUUUCGGAGUAACUUAUACUAAAAAUUUAGGAACUUAUCCAGCAAUAUUGAAUAUCUAAUUAUUAUAUCAAUAUAUAAUUUGAUGAUUUCAAUAGUAUGAUUAACAUUUCUGUGUAUUGUCACAUCAAGUCAUUGAAACCUUGAAAAUGUGGCAGUUAGCUGUGUGAUUUGAAUAUAAAUGCUUAAUAGGAUUAUGAUUCACUGAGGUCUGAAAGAUAUAUUCCUGAUCCUUCAAUACAUUUUAGGACAUCCACCGGCUUCAAUUUGGCCAAAUAUUUCUAUGUGUUGAACCCUAAGAUUUUGUAGUGCCUUACAUUCAGCAAGUUUGUGGAUAGAUGUUUCGUUUCCUAUCCCAUAGAAUUUACAGUCGUCUUUUUCCACUAGUUCAAGCUUUUUGAGGUGUCCAUUCACCCUAGCUUUUUAACUUUAGGGAGCUAUCGAAAAAGAUGCGGAUCCUUAAAUGAAACGAUGCUAAAUAAUCAGAUGACUGGUUAAAAGAAAAUGUUCUUCUGGUUAGUAUGUUGUUAAAAUUUUGCUUUGUGGGGAAACACAAAUUAUUUUCAAAUUGAUUCAAUUUUUAAUUAUAUUACACGAAUGUAAGUAUAUAAAAAAUUUGCUUAGAACCCCUUCAAAAUUAUCAGUGUUUUAUGUGGAUUACUUGUAUAUAUAAAUGUAUAAUUUUUGUACAGAUUUAGAUUUAGCAAAAAAGUAGAUUAGAGAUACUUUAGUAUUUUGUAAAAAAAAUUAAAAUAGAAUUAACUUUCUAUAGUCCUUAAUUGUAUCAAUUAUAUAUUUCACACAAUUUUUGAAGAGAUAAGUAAUGUUUUUAUGCAAUGUAUCUGUUUUUAUGUAAUAUAAUUGUUCAAAAGCUGUUUAAGAAGAAUAAAAACUGCAUUUCUA